UAGAACUUGUGCGCGAUUAAAGGCCUUUGGGCCCUGGUUUCCCAUGAUGCAUCGCUUUAUUUUGUCUAGUCGCUCGGGGAGAUGAUAGCGGACUGACGCGGCCGCCCUCCCCUCUCACCAAGGCGAGCCGCAGAAAGCAUCCCCGACAUGCCGCACAGGGCAGGACGCGCUUAGCCGCGGAAGGCUCGUCUGUUCUCCGACAAUAUACAACCUUUUACGCGAUAUUUCGACGCCCGCGUAUUUUUAGCCAUAAGGCAAGGUGCCAUUUGGGUGGCCGAUCGUAAAGGUAGUAUGGCACGUACGACAGAGAAGGACAUAUAUUGAGACUAGCUCGUCUUCGGUUUUGGAACCUGGACAGCUCCUCCCUGGACAGCUGCAGUACACAACAUCUGCUGCAAGGACAGUCUCCGUGAUGGCAUAUCCUACCUCACUGCAUGAAGCAACAAGAGGUUGCAAUCCAGGCGUGUGUCCGAACAUUAUCAGCCAUGGCAUCAGCAAACGUUACACUGGAAAAUCAGCUGCACAGUGCACAGAAAAACCUGCUGUUCCUCCAGCAGGAUCACACCAACACAUUGAAGGGGCUACACGCGGAAAUUCGCAGAUUGCAACAGCAAUGCACAGAUCUGACAUAUGAGCUCACAGUGAGAAGCUCUGAUCCCUCAGGCAGCAGCGAAGUCCGCUGCAGGGAGCUGCAAAGGAGGUGUGAGGAGCUCGAGACCCAGCUCAAGAAGAAGGAGGAGGAGAACACAGAGCUGCUCAGGGACCUCGAGCAGAAGAACGCCAUGAUCUCCGUCCUCGAGAACACCAUCAAGGAGCGAGAGAAGAAGUACCUGGAGGAGCUAAAGAUGAAGAGCCACAAGCUGGCUGUUUUGUCCGGGGAGUUGGAGCAGAGAGCGAGCACCAUCGCUUACCUAACCGCACAGCUUCACGCCACCAAGAAGAAGCUGCUGGCCGGCAGUUCGUCCGAGGCCAGCCCCAACGUCAGUCCAGUCACCUCAUACAAACCCACGCCUCCACCCGCCAAGGACCGGCAGCCUGAAACCCCGCGGCGACGCAUGAAGAAGAGCCUUUCCCAGCCACUUCACCCGGAGUUGACUGAGGUGUAUCGGCUCGGCCCCGACGGUAGGCGAUUGGUUCUGCGGGAGACGGUGGACGCCAUGCCCGACCCGACGCCCUUCCUGCAGGCCGGGAGAGAGUCUCCCGAACCGCAGGUGGUGCGAGAACGGCCCGCCGUCAUCCCUCCCAUCGCCUCCGAGCGCUCCUCUGUCGCUGCCCUGGGUGCGACGGCCAGCCCCCGGCACAGCCCCCGGCACAGCCCCGCUCGGGACCGCCAGCACAGGGCUCACGUAGGCGUGGCUCACCGCAUUCCACACGGCACCGCCCCCCUGGCCCCGCCGCAGGCGGAGCUGGAGACGCUGGCUGUCGACCAGGUCAACGAGGGCAAAGUUGUGCGGAAGCGCUCGGGAACCGACAGAACAGUUUAACACUGCAAUGCUAACGUGCGCGCACACACAUACACACACACACACAUCUAGUCUUAACACACUGAAUGAGCGGGAGGGAGCCUGAAACCACUGUGUAGCCUGCUUUUUGCGCAACACUGCAGUAUGAAAAAUGUAAAGAAAUUUUAAUUUUGUUCAUGGUAUUCGAUAAAGACUUUCUUAAUAUGCAUUAGAAAAUGAGUACUAUAAAGCAUGCCAAAUGUUUCUUAUUUGCAACCAAUGAGCUCUAGUAUGAUACACAGCUUGACUUUUGCUUAGACUCUCUCUUCAUUCUGUGUAAUGUGAUGCAUACAACGAAUUCUCAGCCAAAUAUCUGCAUCAGUGCCUCCUCGACCGGAUCAACCAUACACAAGCUGUGUUGUGUAUUCGUGGCUCAUAGUUACCUUUACAUAUCUCUAUCUGCUCCCUCGUCUCAACUACAGUCUGGACGUACCAAUAAACUGCUGCAUAGGAUAGAACUGAAAUACUUAAACUAAUACUCCCCGAAUGUCUUUUAUCUGUGAUAGCAGUAUAAUAACAUUACUGUAUGUACGAGCUGCAUAAUGUGCAAUUGAGAUUUGCCGGUGAAGGGUGAUAAAGCUGUCAUUUUGAUUUCAUGUGUAAAUGUAAAGGAUGAAAGGUGAACGUGUAUUUGGGUGUGUAUGAGCGAGAGAGUGUUUUUCAGAGGGAGACACUGAAGGCCAUUGAUAGACGUUUUGGCUUAAACAAUAUCCACUGACGUUAUUUGUGAUACCAAGGCAUUUUUUUGUGAUAUUGUUAACUGUACUUUGUAAAGGCGAUACAUUUUAAUGAAUUCUUUUUUUUAUGUAUUGUUCAAUAGAGAACACAAAAACACCUCAGAUAUUGACCGUAGUCACUGCACCACCAACAUGACAGUAAUUAUAAUCACUUAAUAACCUGCUUUUCACACAAAUAUCACUUGUUCUUGAAGUAUACAAAUGAAUCUAUACAAUAAAGCAAUGCUUUUUUUUGCUUUG